CCAUUGGUGGGAAAUGAUGCGGACCAAAUUGUUGGAAAUGGUAACGGUAAUAAAGGUGGCAGUAACAAAGCGCAACUACAACUGCCGCUGCAGCAGCAGCAGCAACAGCAGCAGCAGCAGCAACAGCAGCAGCAAAAUAAGUUGACGGGAAAACCUUCAUCUAAAGACAAUAAGGGAGGUGAAGAAAAGUCGAAUGAGAGAGUGGUGCAACAAAUACUUCAAGAUACUCAAUAA